GGAUGCCGUGUUGUGGGGUGCGCACCCGAAGGCCCCGCGCCCGCCACGCGUCGCUUCAUGGUUGGCUCCUUGAGCCCCGUACUCAGGACGCCCUAGCCCGGCGGCACGGGCGGCAUGUGAGGGUGCCCCCACGGCGGAAGACAAGCCCGUCUCCCCCUUCGUUGCCGCACACAAUUUCCUACGCGGUGGGCGUUGGAUCUGCCGUCCAACGACGAUGGGCGGAACGUGCGGCGUUGGAUCGCCGGAGUCAUAGAGAAGGGUACGAGCCGGGUUUGUUGCGUGAAAGUGCCCGUUACCACGAGCAUCCCUUUCGGCUUUCGCCUCCGCGCGCCUGUGUGGAAUAAAAGCCGAGAGAUCGAGCAGGCAGAGAGAAAGAGAGAGAGAGAGAGAGAGAGACGGGGACCUUUUUCUCUUUACAUGGUUCUUUCUUUACUCUCCCUAUCGCGCACCAGUGUGUCGCUUCGAGGACAAGAAGGAGACCCUCGAGAUCGCCUCCCCUUCUCUACCCAAAUCUUCUCAGGUUUCGGUGCCCCUCGAUCGGUCCCCCCUCGGUUUUCGGCCAAUGCGGCUCCGAUUGGAGCUCCCGCGCCUCCCUUAUCGGUUUUCCUCGGGCUGACGGUCUCUUAGCUAAGGGGUUUUGGGCGUUACGUUCGGGGAGGGCGUCGGAUCGAGCCCGCCAUGGCGUCGCGGCCGGAUUCGAGGCAGAGGAGGUCAGCGCAGGUUUCGUCCAAACCCGCCAAUUCGCCGACCUCGUCCACGACCUCGUCUUCCAGGCAGGUGCCGGAAGCCUCCGUCGACGGACAGAGCUCGCCGGCGUCCUCGUCGGUGAGGGACAAGCCGCAGUACUUCUGCGGGGAUAGUGAGGCGUUCGAUAUGGAGGGAUCGAAAGAGAGUGUGACAGUCACGGUUCGCUUCCGGCCUCUCAGCCCACGUGAGAUUCGUCAAGGAGAGGAGAUUGCGUGGUACGCCGAUGGGGAUACGAUCGUUCGCAGCGAGCAUAAUCCGUCACUGGCAUAUGCUUAUGAUCGUGUUUUUGGACCUACAACAACAACACGACAUGUGUAUGAUGUUGCUGCUCAGCAUGUUGUUAGCAGUGCUAUGGAGGGUGUAAAUGGCACAAUCUUUGCUUACGGGGUUACGAGCAGUGGCAAAACACAUACAAUGCAUGGAGAUCAAAGGUCCCCAGGAAUCAUACCAUUGGCUGUAAAAGAUGCAUUUAGCAUCAUACAAGAGACUCCAAGCCGUGAGUUUCUUCUUCGUGUAUCAUACCUGGAAAUCUACAAUGAGGUUGUUAAUGAUUUGCUAAAUCCAGCAGGACAGAACUUGCGAAUCAGAGAGGACUCUCAGGGAACAUUUGUUGAGGGUAUUAAGGAGGAGGUUGUCCUAUCUCCUGCACAUGCACUGUCCCUUAUAGCAGCUGGAGAAGAGCACAGACAUGUUGGGUCCAAUAACUUCAAUUUACUAAGCAGCCGAAGUCAUACAAUUUUCACUCUGACAAUAGAGAGUAGCCCUUGUGAUGAGUGCGGUGAAGGUGGAGCAGUUAAUUUUUCCCAGCUUAACCUCAUCGAUCUCGCAGGUUCUGAGAGCUCGAGGGCUGAAACUACUGGAGUCCGUCGGAAAGAGGGAGCUUAUAUAAAUAAAAGCCUAUUGACUCUUGGAACUGUAAUUGCAAAAUUAACUGAUGGGAAAGCUACACAUAUCCCCUACAGAGAUUCCAAAUUAACUCGACUCCUCCAAUCUUCUUUAAGUGGUCAAGGGCGUGUUUCCCUCAUCUGUACAGUGACUCCAUCAUCAAGCAAUGCAGAAGAGACACAUAAUACACUGAAGUUUGCUCAUCGUGCUAAAUGCAUUGAGAUCCAAGCUUCACAAAAUAAGAUAAUAGAUGAAAAGUCUCUAAUAAAGAAGUACCAAAAUGAGAUCCGUUGCUUAAAGCAAGAGCUAGAACAGUUAAAGAGAGGCAUUGUGACAGUUGUUCCACAAAAGGAUUCUGGAGAAAAUGACAUUUUUCUUCUAAAACAAAAGCUAGAAGAUGGUCAUGUCAAGUUACAGUCGAGGCUGGAACAAGAAGAAGAAGCUAAAGCUGCUUUACUGGGAAGGAUACAACGUUUAACAAAAUUAAUUCUGGUCUCUACAAAGGCAAACCAAUCUCCAAGAUUUCCUCAACGUGCUGGUCCAAGGCGAAGACAUUCUUUUGGAGAGGAGGAGCUUGCUUAUCUCCCGUAUCGAAGGCGAGAUAUGAUAUUAGAUAAUGAAAAUGGUGUCUUUUAUGCUCCCAUGGAAGGAUUUGGUGAAACUAAUGAUGAUGCUUCAAAGGAAGAGAAAAAGAACAGAAAACAUGGACUCCUAAACUGGUUCAAGAUACGGAAACGAGAUAGCGGGUUGACAACAUUGAUGAGUUCAGAUGGUGACAAAUCAAGUAGAACAAAGUCAUACACUGCACCUUCAACUCCUCAUGCAGAGAGUGUAAACUUCCCUUCAGAGCCCAGAAUAUCAAAUUCCUUGGUUUCAGACAGAAUUCCUGCUGAUUUGUUGGAAGUGAUGCAUGACAGGGAACUUCCUGCAGUUGAUUUUUCUUCCCAAGAGACACCUCUGACUAGCAUCAAAACUACAGACCAUGUUGAAUUGCUUAAAGAGCAAUUAAAGAUUCUUGCUGGAGAAGUAGCACUUAAUUCAAGUGUUUUAAAGCGACUUUCAGAUGAAGCUGCUAAGAACCCAAAGAAUGAACAGAUUCAAAUGGAGAUGAGGAAGGUCAGUGAAGAGAUAAAAGCCAAAAACCAGCAAAUUGCUUCUUUGGAAAAGCAAAUGGCCAAAACAGUUUCAUUGACUCAAAACAGAAUGGGCAACUCGGGGAUUUCACCAUCAUAUGCUGAACUACUAGAACAACUGAAUGAGAAAUCUCUUGAGCUAGAGGUGAAGACUGCAGAUAACAGUAUAAUACAGGAUCAGCUGCAACAAAAGAUAUUUGAAUGUGAAGAAAUGCAAGAAACAAUUACUUCCUUGAAGCAACAACUUGCACAAUCUCUCGAAAUGAAGGAUUCCUCAACGAGGGUCAAAUCAGAGUAUUUAUUUGAAGAAACAAGCAUUACAGAAUCAACACCGUCAAGAGAUAUUUCUGCAGAGUUGCUACCUCAUGCGAAUUUGGUAUCCGAAGUUGAAGAACUAAAACGGAAAGUAUCUGAAUUAAGCGAAGCAAAAAGCCAACUAGAAGCCCGAAAUCAGAAGUUGGUGGAGGAAAGUGCAUAUGCGAAAGGGUUGGCUUCGGCUGCAGGUGUAGAGUUGAAGGCACUAUCAGAGGAAGUCACAAAACUCAUGAACCACAACGAGAGGCUGGCUGCUGAAUUGGCCUCCAUGAAAAACUCUGCUCAGCGGAGAGCGAGCAGUGGACCAAAGAAUACCAGACGAGACAGCCACAUAAAACGGCACGAGCCAACUGUCAAGAAAGAAGUGACUUCCAGCAAUGAAAGAGAGCUACAAGCUGCACUUGUAGAAAAGGAACAAAGAGAAGCGGAGCUUCAGAAGAAAGUGGAGGAAUCAAAACAAAGGGAGGCCUUCCUGGAGAAUGAACUGGCAAACAUGUGGAUUCUGGUGGCAAAGUUGAAGAACUCUCGAGGAACUGAACCUGAAGUUUUAGAUUCCAAUCCAUGAUAAGAGACAGACAUAAAUGCGGGAUGUGAUAAUUGUUCGGUGUUCCGUAGGCCCAUAACCUGUGUGUUGUGUAAAGAAAUCAUUGUAAAUUAAGCUUUGUUUGCAAUGUGAAUUCAGGUUUUGUCAAUUGUUGCCAUAAAUUUACAGUUUGAAAUUAGUUUCUGGCCACAAAAGAAAGGUACGUAUUGACUUCA